AAAGCCAAAAUGGUACAUGCUGAAGCCUUUUCUCGCCCGUUGAGCCGGAAUGAAGUUGUUGGCUUAAUUUUCCGGUUGACAAUAUUUGGUGCUGUGACCUAUUUCACCAUUAAAUGGAUGGUAGAUGCAAUUGAUCCCACCAGGAAACAAAAAGUAGAAGCUCAGAAACAGGCAGAGAAGUUAAUGAAACAAAUAGGUGUGAAGAAUGUGAAGCUUACCGAGUAUGAAAUGAGCAUUGCUGCACACCUCGUAGACCCUCUUAGCAUGCAUGUAACGUGGAGUGAUAUUGCAGGUUUAGAUGAAGUCAUUACAGACCUGAAGGAUACUGUCAUUUUGCCAAUCCGGAAGAAACAUUUGUUUCAGAACUCCAGACUGUUACAGCCACCAAAAGGAGUGCUUCUCUAUGGGCCUCCAGGCUGCGGUAAAACCUUGAUCGCCAAAGCUACAGCGAAGGAAGCAGGUUGUCGGUUUAUUAAUCUUCAGCCCUCAACGCUGACAGACAAAUGGUAUGGGGAGUCCCAGAAGCUGGCAGCUGCUGUUUUUUCCCUUGCUAUAAAGCUUCAACCUUCCAUCAUCUUUAUUGAUGAAAUAGAUUCCUUCCUGCGAAGCCGUUCCAGUUCUGAUCACGAAGCGACAGCUAUGAUGAAGGCCCAAUUCAUGAGUCUCUGGGAUGGUCUGGACACCGACUAUAAUUGUCAAGUGAUAGUGAUGGGAGCUACCAAUCGCCCUCAGGAUCUCGAUUCGGCUAUUAUGAGAAGAAUGCCUACGAGAUUUCAUAUCAACCAACCUGCGCUGAAGCAGAGAGAAGCAAUCUUGAAACUGAUUUUGACAGAUGAAAAUGUGGACAGGCACGUAGAUCUCCUUGAAGUUGCUAGAGAAACCGACGGGUUCUCUGGAAGUGACUUGAAAGAAAUGUGCCGUGACGCUGCACUCCUCUGUGUCAGGGAAUACGUUAAUGCCUCCUAUGAAGACAGCCAAGAAGAUGAUGAAAUACGUCCCGUGCAACAGAGAGAUCUGCACCGGGCAAUUGAGAAGAUGAGGAAGUCAAAAGACGCAACAACCCAGAGUGUUCUAAUGCAUGUUAGUUUAGAUUAAGGCUUAGGGAGUGUGCGUGUGUUCC